AUAACCAUCAAUCCUUCUUCUUCUCUCUCGAAUUUAACUUUCCCACAUUCAAUUUUACAUUUACAACCACAAACAAUCCAUCAAGAAGUGAAUUUGGCAUACCCUUUUGGCGGGCAAAGGGAAAGAUGUUGGGGGAAUUGAUUACAAGUAGUCUUGUGUUGAUUCUUGGAUACGCAUAUCCUGCGUUCGAGUGUUUUAAAACUAUAGAGAAGCAUGGAGUAGGAAAUGCAGAAUUAAGAUUUUGGUGCCAGUACUGGGUGAUUGUUGCAAUUCUCACGGUGUUUGAAAGAGUUGGCGAUAUAUUCAUUUCAUGGGUGCCAAUGUAUGGAGAAUUGAAGCUGGCUCUCAUUAUCUACUUAUGGUAUCCUAAAACAAAGGGUACAGGGUUUGUAUAUGAUGCAAUGCUGAGACCAUUUAUAGUAAGGCAUGAAACAGACAUAGAAAAGAGUUUGAAAGCAUUCAGAGACAGAGCAUGGGACGUGGCAAUUUACUAUUGGCAGAAUUCCACAGAAUUAGGCCAAACAAAGUUCUUUGAAAUCUUUCACUAUCUAAUUUCCAAGUCCUCAUCCUCAAAACAAUCAUCUCAGGUGUUGCAAAACCAUCAAAGCUCUGGUGGCGGACGUCCGCCGCCACCUCUGACCACUCCAACUCCAAAUUCAAGCGGAUCAGAGCAGGGUGACGAGAGAUGGGCACCAACGGCUCCUUGGGUGUAUGCGGAUGAACCACAUAUUCCAUCAUCACCAAGUAGACAUGGUUCUAGUUCGGCUCAUAAAGAGCCAGUUUGGCUAAGAUUUAGGCGGUCUAGAGGACUUUGAUUCAUCAAUAAAAAAAAAGUUAUCGUUGGCACAGAUUGUAAAGAAGCAAGAAAAAACAAAAUUUGUAUUCCAAUUUUUUUAUUAAUUCAACUGUUUCAUCUAUUUUUCUA